GGAGCAAGAUGCGUGAUGCGUUCGCCCGAAGCUGCUGUGCCCUAAGCCUCGUUCUGGUGGUGCUCAUCCCCGUGACCGGAGCCUGGCGCUCUUUCAAGGUCAUCCUCGCGAGCAUCGAUUUCGAGGCGAACGAGAAGGUCGUGGACCUGAGGGUGGACCUGCAGAACGAACUGGGCGAGUCGAAGGUGAGCAUAGACAUGAAGACGCUCGAGGACCUCGACGAUGUCCAGCUGGCGGUCGACAUCGGACUGGAAACGGACAAGGGGAACUACUCCACCCUGAUCAACCGCACCCUCAACUUCUGCAAGCUGAUGAAGCAGCGCACCUCGGACCCGCUGCUGCGCGGGAUCUACGAGGACCUGCUCAAGCACGGCAACUUCAUCAAGGAGUGCCCCAUCCGGCGCGGCACCUACAGCCUGACCAACUACAAGGUGGACGAGGAGAUGCUGCCCAGCUUCCUGCCGGAGGCCAAGUUCCGGUUCGGCCUGCAGAUUUCGAAGCCCAAGGGCGGAGUGAUCGUACGGUCCAUCGUCUUCGGCCGGAUCGACAAGUCCAAGGGGUUCGACAACCUCAAGCGGUUCAGUCUGGGCUGAGAUCUGUGUUCCCCCGGGGCUCUGUGCCCGCAGGAGGCCCAAUAA